AAAAAUUUUUGAACUUUUUUAAAAUAAAUUAGUAUUAAAGCCAUUGAAAGUUUUGGAAAAAUAAAAAAAAAACAUAUCAUUAUGUUGCUCGGCGCAUCGAAAAUCACAAAUAUAACAAAAAGUGUGGCGCCUAAAAAAACCAAAGAUACCACUGCCGACUCUACAAAAAAUGACGCUUUCACACCACCCGACUUCCUACCAAUCACUGCUUAUCGGCCGUUAGACGAUCCGAAAGAGGUGUUCGGCCCCGGCGCUCACAAAUGUAAAGAAUACAAGAAUCCGGAAUAUUUUGCUUGUCAUCGCUUCUCAUUUUACGAACUACAGACUGCUACAUUGGAACUGGCAAAGAAUCCCAAGGGCGGCUUGCUGUACGAGGCAGAAGAAAGUGAUGAAGAUAAAAAAGCGGAAGAAGAAUGCGUGGGUAACGAUGGUGAAGUUGAGGUUGCAGUAACAGAGUGUAAGCGCCAUGAUACCGAUAAAAAGGACUGAAAGGUUCAAUAUUGGUGGACACUGUAUAAAGAUUUGCUUAUGACCUUUAAAGCGCAGCGCAAAAAGAAGAAAAUAUUUUUGUAAUAUUAUGUAUGUAUGUAAGCCGUUAAAUUAAUGAAUGUACGUUCAUGUAAAUUUAUUUACAAAAAAAAUUAAAAUUUUCAUGUUUGAAAAACA